GUUGGCUACACUGGGAUGAUAUUCAAAUUAAGGCGGAAAACAAUUGACCAAUGGAGUUUUUUGUUUGUAUUAAAAGGCUUAGUUGAAAAUAUGACGUUAGCAUUGGCUCGAAUCGAGUUAGUCGGUUCGAUACUUCGAUCCCAAAUGAAAACAAGAUGGUGUGAUGAUGCGCUCGGUCCCGUCUUUAAUGGUUUGAAGUAUCCGAGGAGGGUUAAAACUUCGAAAAACCUCCCUUUAGUCUCGGAAAAGGGGAAAAAGUCCCUUAGAAAGGGAUUUUCAAUAAUUCCGGGUCGAAAAGCCGACAUGAAGCCGGACGAGAAAGAGAAGAGGGUCGUCUGCCGAGACUUCCUCAAAAACGCCUGCGGACGCGGCGACGUCUGCAAGUACCUUCAUCCCAAGGAGAAAUACGUCUUCUGCCACGACUACCAGAACGGAAAGUGUUUCAGGGAGAUGUGCGCUUUCGUCCACUGUUCCAGGGAAGACGAGGAACACUACACGCAGACGGGCGACCUGCCGCCUCAUAUUCAACAAUUGGUCGACAAACCUCGUCUAAAUGUGAAAGAGCUGGCUUCCGAUUCGACACCAAUGUGCAAGGAUUUCCUGAAGGGCGAGUGCGACAGGGACAACUGCAAGUACAGGCAUGUGCACACUGGGUGCCUCAUGUCUUUCAAUGACUGUCUUUCAAAGAGGAGGCGAGUGGAAUUGGAGUACGUUGGACAGCAGUAUUGGACUGUCGAGGAUGAAAAUGCCUUCCUUAGGAAGACGGUCGCUGAGCUCAGAAAACGGGUCGACGACCUUCAAGCAACGAAUGAAUUUCUUCUCGAGCAAAAUGCGCAAAUGCGACUUACAGAUAAGACACAAGGUCUUACUGCGGUUACCGUACCGGCAGCUGUGACGAUCACAAAUGGCCAGAUCCAGCCACAAGUGAGCGCGGCGAUACGCACCGUCACGGCCAGCGUAGCGACCGUGCCUGUCAGCAUCGCUGCAGUUGCAGCAGGUACCCCUGUUUCGAUCGCAACGGUCUCGAUGGCACCGGUCAUACCAGCGCCUUCCGUCACCGUCGCCCAACACCAGGACGGCAGCGAAAGCACGGAGACGGCGCAGACCAUACUCAGCACGACCGGCCCUCUCGUCUCAUAUCCGAUCGUCGCAAGGCCAGUCCUCCCAAAUCUAUAAACAAAAAGAUGCCAAAAAGGGUCUUUUAUCUUUUAAACAAAUAUA